UGCACUCUAGGCCAAAGCAUUCUGGCUCAACAGGGCAAUCCACAAUCUACCAGCGCUUUCAUGUAGGCUUUUUUUGUUUUUGUAUUAUGAGGGUCAUUACUGGUGGAUUUGUCAUUGUCUCUCCAAUGCUUAGAUGAAUAACGGAUUGUUUUUAUAUGUAGCAGAAGCUAAGGAGCAGAAGAUGUUCAAUGAAAUGGACAUGGAAAGUCGUUUAUUUGGGCUUUGUGUUGUAUAUCUGAGACAGCGGUUCUCAAACUUUUCACAAUGAGUACCACCCACGAAAACAAUUGGCUCUCCAAAUACCACCAUUAUGACUGGCAUUAAAAUACAGGGUAGGGGGUCCUGAGGAUUGCUUUGCAGAGAGCUGAAGGAUGGACUGCCAUCUCUGCCCUGCUCCUCCUGCUCCUUCUCAGAUGCAAGUCCGACUGAUCAGUUAGCGCUGCGCGUCUGCGCUAAUCUCUGCUCCAGUUAGCGCCGCUCCUUCACAGGCAGCUCCACUUUAGUUAGUGGCUGAAGUUAGCCAUUAGCUUUGGCACUAGCCACAGCGCCGCUUAGUGCUUAGCGUCUACGCUAACCGCUGUUUCGGUUUGGGGCUUGGAUUUAUGUGGACAGCUCUCAAUCAGUUCCAGCCUCGGGCUCUAAGUCAGAGCCCUCCUCACCUCACAUCUGCCUUAACUGAAUAUUUUUAUUUUUAUCAUUUGGGAUUGUAAGAGCAACAAACGUCAAAAUGCUGGAUGAAUAUCUGUGGAUGGUGAUCGUGGGCUUCAUCAUUGCCUUCAUCCUGGCCUUCUCGGUGGGGGCCAACGACGUGGCCAACUCGUUUGGCACGGCGGUGGGCUCGGGCGUGGUGACACUGCGGCAGGCCUGCAUCCUGGCCUCCAUCUUCGAGACGCUGGGCUCCAUGCUGCUCGGUGCCAAGGUGGGCGAGACCAUCCGCAAAGGCAUCAUUGACGUCAACCUGUACAACGAGACGGUGCCCGUCCUCAUGGCGGGCGAGGUCAGCGCCAUGGUCGGGUCAGCAAUAUGGCAGCUGAUUGCCUCUUUCCUGAAGCUUCCCAUCUCAGGAACACACUGCAUUGUGGGAGCCACAAUCGGCUUUUCCAUGGUUGCUAUUGGCACCAAGGGCGUGCAGUGGAUGCAGCUGGUGAAGAUCGUGUCCUCCUGGUUCAUCUCCCCUCUGCUGUCUGGUCUCAUGUCGGGACUCCUCUUCUUCAUCAUCAGGCACUUCAUUCUCAGCAAGGAUGACCCCAUGCCCAAUGGCUUGAGGGCCCUUCCCCUGUUCUAUGCCACUACCAUUGGCAUCAACACCUUCUCCAUUAUGUACACUGGAGCCCCAUUGCUGGGGCUGGAAAUGAUGCCAGUAUGGGCGAUUGCUUUGAUAACGUUGGCAGGAUCAAUAGUAUGUGCAGGGUUGGUGUGGUUCUUAGUCUGCCCUUGGAUGAGGAGGAAAAUUGCUGGCCAGUUGAAAGAGGAGCACCUGUCUCGCAUCUCUGAUGAGAGCCUGGAUAAGAUUCCUGAGGAGGAGGAGGAGGCGCCCGUGUUUAAGGAGCUUCCAGGGGCCAACGGGCCCGACGACUCAGUGCUGCCACUCACAGGGCCCACCACGCCAGAGGCCAGCGGCCUUGCCAACGGGGCCGCCCCGCCCCCCCCCAACGGCCGCUUCUACGGUCGCACCCACUCCAUGACCAACGGCUGCCUGAAGUCUCCCGUGUCCAACGGCAGCUUCAACUUUGACCACAUGCGCAGCGACGGCCAGGUGUACCACACGGUGCACAAGGACUCGGGCCUGUACAAAGACCUCCUCCACAAGAUCCACCUGGGACGCCUGGAGGACGAGCGCAGCUCGCGCGCCGACAACAACUACCGGCUGCUGCGCCGCAACAACAGCUACACGUGCUACACGGCGGCCAUCUGCGGCAUGCCCAUGCAGCCGCUGCGCUCCGAGGCCGCCACCGCCACCGAGGACGCCGAGAAGCUGGUGGCCGACACGGUGCUCUACUCCAAGAAGCGCGUGCGCUACGACAGCUACUCCAGCUACUGCAACGCCGUGGCCGAGGCGGAGAUCGAGGCGGAGGAGGGCGGCGUGGACGUGAAGCUGGCGUCGGAGAAGAUGGGCACGCCGCCCCCUGGUGGCCUGGAGGACUUGCCGGAGGAGGAGAAGGACGAGAAGGACAGGCCUCAGGUGUUCCUGCUCUUCCACUUCCUGCAGAUCCUGACCGCCUGCUUUGGAUCGUUUGCCCAUGGAGGCAAUGAUGUCAGCAAUGCCAUUGGACCACUGGUGGCGCUGUGGAUGAUCUAUGAGCAGGGCGGUGUGAUGCAGGACGCGGCCACACCCAUCUGGCUGCUGUUCUACGGGGGCGUGGGCAUCUGCGCUGGCCUGUGGGUCUGGGGUCGGCGCGUCAUCCAGACCAUGGGCAAAGACCUUACCCCAAUUACCCCUUCCAGUGGAUUCACUAUAGAGUUGGCCUCCGCACUCACUGUUGUGCUCGCUUCCAAUAUUGGAAUUCCUGUCAGUACCACCCACUGCAAGGUGGGCUCUGUUGUGGCUGUGGGUUGGCUGCGUUCCAAGAAGGCGGUGGACUGGCGACUCUUCAGGAAUAUCUUCCUGGCGUGGUUCGUGACGGUGCCAGUGGCCGGCCUGUUCAGCGCGGCCGUGAUGGCUCUGUUCGUGUACGGCAUCCUGCCCUACGUCUGAGAAGGAGAACGAAGGAACAAGAGAGAGAGAGAGAGAGAGAGAGAGAGAGAAGGGAGGAAGACUAAAGUGCAAGAGGGCUAGCAGAAAGAGGUGUGGGAAGGAAAAAAGGAAGGAGCAGGGGGAAGAUAGAUGAUGGGGACAGUGUUCAAUGAAAUGCUGCCAGGAAGUGACAUGGAAACUUCCUGCUGCCAAGUCUGCUCUUUUAUUUAUUUUUGUUUGUCUUUACCAAAUUUAGCUUUUGUACCCGAAGCAAACCGGACUCUUUGGUGCAGUGAUGUGACACUGUAUUUAUCAUGCAAACACAGGUACUAUUGAGUAAGACAUAUGCACACACACACACACAAACAUACAGACAGGCACACAGGUCAGUGGUGUGCUCCCGAGAAAAAUACUAAUACACUGGCUGACCUCGACGUCCACCCUUCAUGCCAUCAGCACAUUACCCUUGACCCCUGACUUCUCACCUGGCCAAAUGAGGGUUCCAUAGGUAUUUGUGUUACCAUAGAGAUCCUUUUCUGAAGGCAGUGGUCAUAUUGCUGUGGUUUUUUUUUAAACAAAGCUUUUUGUUUUAGUACUAUAUUGUACUGUCCUUUUCUGUACAUAUUCUUUAAGAUGUGUUUUUGUUUCUUGGGUUUUCUAAAUAAUGUUACACUAUUCAACACUUUGGAAGUUCUCUCAGAGUUUUCAGACUACAAUGCCCAGAUGCAUACAUAAACACACGUGUGCACACACACACACACACACACACACACACACUGAUUUGCUCUCUCUCUCUCACACAAAUGCACACACACAUUUUUAUUUAAUGAGUUAUGUUUUAGUUAUUUUAUGUUCAGCUGAAAUUCAUGACAUUUAAAAACGUAUUAGUUAUUUUACUGCAACUUACAAACAAGUGUUGUCACAGUUGAGUGGGGUUCCUUUCAAAAAUAGGCCAGAUAUGUUAUGAUUCUUUCACCUUCAAUAAUGAUCACUUGCUUCAGGUGUCAUUAAAUAACACAAGAAAUCUGAAGACCAGUUAAUUCUCUUGCCGUCUUAACAGAAAAGUUUGCUGAAGCUAGCUGAAAAACUGAAUAGUUUCUCAGUCAUUUUAUUUUAGUCUUAGCAUCUCAAAUGAAAAGUUUUAGAUUGCAAGUUAAUUGCUCUCUGAUACUAGUUGCAAUAGAAAAGCUUCAGAAGAGCUUUUUUUCCAUUUCAUCUUUUGACCAUUUCCCAUGGUAACAGUUUCCCAUGGCAUUUUGCCAAUUAUUGUACAUAUACAGCCAGCAUGAUACUGUUCCCUGGUCUCCACCAGCUUGAGCUUGUACUGCCAUCCAGUGGGGUGCCAGUGUUUGCUAAUAAUAAUGCCAUCUCCACCACUGUGAUGUCCUAAAGCUGCCAUCCAGGAAUCCCACUCUACUGUAAGCUCAGAAUAAUGCCAUCCCAGAGUCCCACUGCAUGUUCAGGUCGUAUCGAUGCCAUCCAGUCACAUGCCAGUCAGAGCCCAUACUAAUGCCAUGACAUGACCUCAUGCCGCAGUGAGGCCAACAAGUGCAGAAUCGGCCAAAUAUCUGCAUAGUACUCUCUGCUUAGGAACAUAUCAACACACACACACACACACACACCAAAUGUACAGUAUAAUAGUGAGAGCAACUGUUACCAUCUGUAGCCAGUAGCUCCCACCCGUCUGAUUUGUGCUCAGCUGAUUGUCUUAGUGACGCGUCUGGGCCCUCUGGCUCCCUGCUCUGCAGGCACUCUGAGACUGGAUACCCAGAAGCUUUGCUGUAGGCCCACAGUGAUUGUCAGACAAGUAUGUGAUCACACACAGUAACCAUGCCAGACAUUUUCUUCCGUGGGCCUACAGCCAGAUGCUUCACUGUGCGCCCACUGAAAAAAAACAAAACAAAGCUGUUCUAGCAGCGCCUGGGAGAGAAGGCUUCUGUCGGCUCUAGGUCCAAUGAGAGGGCCGGUCGGGUUUGCCCUCGGUCCAAUCAGAUUUUGAAGGGCUGGCUGAGUUGUCCUCUGCUUCUGAACAGUUUGGAAAUGUACAAAAUGCGUGGCUUUCAGAAUCAACGCAGUGUUGCUGUUUAUGUGGUGUAUUAUUUUUAUCUGUCAUGAACAAAUCUAUGCUUAAAUGGCCAUUUGCCUUGUAAUGUUGUGCUUUACUGUUUGUUCCAUACAGUAACUUAUCAGUACUGUGGUGUUUACAUCGUAAUCAUAUCUAAAAGUAUCUCAUCCAGUUGCCUAAUGAUGCCAAUGACAAGACUAAUCUCCAUCGAAUUCAUCCGUCACAAUAGCGAGAUGCGUUUCAAUUUUAUCGGGAGUUUUAGUAGGUAUUAGUGUGAAGUAUGAUCUGAUAUGUCUUUACACUAUUACGCUGAAAUGCAUUGUGAGUGUGAUUUAAAUAAUUAAGACAUUAGAUAUAAAAAAUUUCAUUAAACUAUAUUUUUCUACAUAUCUGAGUUUUACCUGAGAGAGAGAGAGCGAGGAUGAGCCGGGCUGAGUUGAGGCCUGGUGGAAUAAGAGCCCACGUCAUGCCUGGUCACAUGGCAUUGGAGUGGUCUCGUACACUAAUGCUGCGCCCAGAUGGGUGCCCAUUUUUUUUUGUUCUUGCACAGGGAUGUCUCCUGAGCAGUAGAGACGGUGUGGUUGGUUUCCACAGAUGUUGACGCUGCCUCCAUUUUGCCAGACUGCCAUCUUAUGGCGACAUGGCCACGAUUGGCAUGAUGUGUUCAUAAAAAAAAAAUGGAGGCACAGCGCUACCAGGCCACAGGCUCCCUCCACUGUUGAACAGAAGGUGCCAUAUUUUCCAUUUGUAGAAGCAGUUUGUGUGUUAUUCAGAAGAGCUUAUCUCUUCUUAACAUAACCGACUUCAGGAGCUGGAGCCCAGACUACUGAGGGUUGUAGCAUAACUGUGACCGGCCACUAGCCAGUCCACAGUUAUUUGUAAAUAUCCUGGUUAACAUGUAGCCGAAAGAAAUUGGGCUUGCAGUCAGCUGAGAUGGUUGGGGUACUUCAUAUGUAUUAGAUGGCUGUGUAAUAAUAUUGUUAAUGCACAAUUCUCUCUUGUUGUUGAAGUAUAGUGGCUUUGCAGUUGACUUUGUUUCGUUGUAUGAUGUAAACAAGGAUUCUGUGAGUACCUAGUGAAAAAACUAACUUGAUCCACUGGUCAAAAAGUGAUCACUAUCCUCAACCAGCUCUAGAGAUGUGUCUGUGUGUGACAAGUUCCCAACUCAGAAAUCGGCUGUCUGACCUUAACCUGACUCUAAACUAACUGCAGACCUUUUAAGGCUAACAUAAUUCUUUGACUAACCUUAGGAUAAUCCAACCCUAAUACAAAAACCAGCGUGCUGGGUUAUGUUGUACAUCUGUGUUCCAUUGGUUGUAUCACGUCUGUGGAGAGUUGUAAAGUACAAACAAUAUAUCCAUGGACUCCUGUGGAUAUUCAAUGACCUCUGGGGUCCCAAAAAGGUAUUCUCAUAUCAGUUUUCACCCAAUGAGGUUUAGCAAACUACAUCUCUCUCCAUAUUCUGCUGCACCUUUGAGAAUGUUGUGGCCCCCGCAAAGGGUACUGCUGGCUGUUGCGCUGUGUCUGUAGAACCAACCAAACUCUUCAUCUGCGUAUGUAAUGUACUGUACUUUUACUGUUUUAUUUCUUUAAAAAACUUAGUGAGAAUUGUCUGCAUUUGAACUAAUUAAAUAAUGGGAAUAAAAAUGAGAAGAAUACCAACA